AUGAAAAUUGCUCUCAUGGUGGCUGAAAAGCCAUCUUUGGCUGCAUCUUUAGCCAAUAUACUUAGUAAUGGAAAAUCUUCCACUCGAAAAGGUUUCAAUGGAGCUUGUUCGGUUCAUGAAUGGGUGGGUACUUUUCGAAUGGAGCCCGUUACAUUUCGAAUGACCUCUGUUUGUGGGCAUAUUAUGACGCUAGAAUUUUCCGGAAAGUACAACAAUUGGGAUAAAGUUGAUCCUGUUGAAUUGUUAAGCUGCCCUACGGAAAAAAAAGAGGCUAAUUCUAAAUUAAAAAUGCCUUAUUUUUUAAGCCAGGAAGCAAGAGGUUGUGAUUAUUUAAUACUUUGGUUAGAUUGUGACAAAGAGGGAGAAAACAUUUGUUUUGAAGUAAUACAUGCUGUACAACACUCACUCAAAGCUGAUGUGAGAAGAGGAGAUGUUGUGUACCGUGCAAAAUUUUCUGCCAUCACUGAAAAAGAUAUUAAAGCAGCAUUUGCAAAUCUAGGAGUACCAAAUGAAAAUGAAGCGAGAAGUGUCGAUGCAAGACAAGAACUUGACUUAAGGGUAGGAUGCGCUUUUACUCGAUUUCAAACCAAGUUUUUUCAUGAUAAGUAUGGAGAUUUAGAUGCUGCUUUAAUUUCUUACGGUCCAUGUCAAAUUCCAACUUUAGGAUUUUGUGUUCAAAGGCAUGAUGAAAUUCAAACAUUUAAACCAGAGCCUUAUUGGGUUUUACAAAUGUCUGUAAAAACUGAAAGUGGACAAGAAGCAACUUUAGAAUGGGAAAGAGUUAGAUGUUUUGAAAAAGAAGUUGCAUUAAUGUUUUUAUCUCAAGUUAAAGAAUUUAAAGAAGCUAAAGUAUCAUCUGUAACAUCCAAACAAAUGACAAAUUCUAAACCGCUUGCCCUUAACACAGUAGAGUUAAUGAGAACUGCCAGUUCUGGUCUCGGAAUGGGUCCUCAUCAUGCUAUGCAGAUUGCUGAACGUCUAUACACUCAAGGAUAUAUAAGUUAUCCUAGAACGGAAACAACACAAUAUCCUGAAAAUUUUGAUUUUAUAGGAGUACUUCGUCAGCAGCAAUCUAGUUCGGAAUGGGGAUCUUUUGUAAGGGAAAUUCUUAACGAAGGCAUAAGCAAACCUAGAAAAGGGAAAGAUGUUGGUGAUCAUCCUCCCAUCACUCCAAUGAAAUUAGCUAAAAGAAAUGAUUUUGAUGCUGAAUCGUGGAAAUUAUAUGACUACAUCGUGAGGCAUUUUUUAGCCACGGUUUCAGGUCCGUGUAAAUACCUUCAUACGGUGGUUACAUUUAAAAUAGCAAGCGAAACAUUUAAAAUUACCGGUAAAACUUUAUUAGAACCUGGUUAUACUGCCAUAAUGCCAUGGGAAGCUUUUGGUAAAAAUGAAACUUUACCAAAUUUCACGGUAGAUGCAACGGUCACCAUAAAUGACGUUAAAUUAAUCGAAUGCCAGACUACUCCGCCGGGAUACAUGACGGAAGCUGAAUUAAUUACACAGAUGGAAAAGCACGGGAUAGGUACGGAUGCAUCGAUUCCUGUACACAUUAAUAACAUUUGUCAAAGGAAUUACGUUACGGUGGAAUCGGGAAGAAGGUUGGUACCAACUUCUCUCGGAAUAGUUUUAGUUCACGGAUAUCAAAAGAUAGAUCCAGAAUUGGUUCUUCCGACCAUGCGAUCAGCCGUCGAAGAACAAUUAAACCUUAUUGCUCAAGGUCAAGCUCACUUUGACGCCGUUUUAUCUCAUUCUUUAGAGAUUUUCAGGCAGAAGUUUCUUUAUUUUGUUAAAAAUAUCGAAGGAAUGGAUCAACUUUUCGAAGUUUCCUUUUCGCCGUUGGCCACGUCGGGAAAAGCUCAUUCGAGAUGUGGAAAAUGUAGAAGAUACAUGAAAUUAAUUCAAACGAAACCAUCUAGAUUACAUUGUUCACAUUGCGACGAAACGUACAGUUUGCCACAAAAUGGAAACAUUCGUUUGUACAAGGAAUUAAAAUGUCCUUUGGAUGAUUUUGAAUUGCUUUAUUGGACGGCGGGUAACAAAGGAAAAAGUUAUCCUUUUUGCCCCUACUGUUACAAUCAUCCACCUUUCAAAGACAUGAAAAAGGGUAUCGGGUGCAAUCAGUGUUCGCAUCCAUCUUGUCCGAAUAGUUUGAACCUGACGGGUCUUUGCAGUUGCGUUGAAUGCGAGGGAGGGGUACUCGUUUUAGAUCCUAAUUCAGGACCGAAAUGGAAAUUAGGUUGCAAUCGAUGCGACGUAAUAAUACACUUAUUCGAAGAUGCUCAUAAAAUAUCGGUGGAAGAAGAUGUUUGCAAUUGCGGUAGCCAAUUAAUCAAAGUCGAAUAUAAACAGGAAAAAAGUAAAUUACCGGAAGAGGCUACGGAAAUGACGGGUUGCGUUUUUUGUUGUCCCUCUUUUACAUCGCUAGUUGAAAAACACAGAGCAAUCACGGUUCGACCUCAAUCAAAUAGAGCUUCCCGGGGAAGAGUCAAAGGAAAACACAAAGGAAGAUCCAGGCCCCCGAAAGAUAAAAUGCAACAACUCGCUGAUUAUUUCGUGUAA